CAAGUGGCAUUGGAAUUAGCAAAGAGUCUGAGCGCGCCUACGAAGCCAUUAUGGCUCUCCACAUACCAGUUUCAUAACCUAGAGAGGGAGGAGUCUUCCAUUUCUGGAAGCCGGAGGAGCAGCAUCCGAGACAGCGUAAAAAUUGGAGUAACGGUGCUCGAAGGAGACUGGAAUACGAAAUAAUAUUAUUUUCUUUUCAACAUACCAACGAAAUAUACAUGGAUGCACAUUUUACGAGAUAAACAUGAAGGUCUUUGAUUUAAGAUCAUGUAGCUGCAACCUUGUUUUGCAUGUGCGGUAAUAUUCCAAGACAUAUGUGAUACGUUGGGUGUGCUCAGCGCAAUAACGGCGCUAGCAAGCUAUUUCAAACGGUAAAAUAAAUCCAGAUUGUUAGGAGAUAGCCAACCAUUUUAUAGUUAGCCAGCUAGCUUGCGGGGGAGCAAGCUGCCUACUCGGGCUGGGGCAUCAUCGACCAAGAAGAGGCAUCUGGUAGGCAUUAACCGACAAUACAAUCACGGGGCAUGCAAAGCGGUGUGUUUUGUGCAAACGGUUGAUAAAUCCCGCGUCCUCGGGUCUGGUCGUGGGAUUAACCAGCCGGGAGAGAAGGAGAAGGAGAAGGAGAAGGUGGGGCCGAGGAGUGUCAAAAACGGUCGAGCUAAACCCAGCGCAUGUAACUUGGCGCUCUAGCUAGCGGGCUAACAUUACCUUCUCCAUCGGUUUUCCAUUUGGGAAAUUAAUUUAGGAAACUAGAAUUAUUCGACCAUUGGAAUUCUGAGAGCUUGCUGGGGUAUUCCGUGGCAGUUCCCCCUCUCCCCCAACAAGGAUCAGUCAGAGCUGUACACUUGAGGCCAUUGGCUUCUCUACAAAUAAUACCGUGUGGGGCGAAUUUCACGGGGGUAGCAUCCCCGUUUGCUUUGGACCAUGGCGGACGACGACGUGCUUUUCGAGGAUGUCUACGAGCUGUGCGAGGUGAUUGGGAAGGGUCCCUUCAGUGUGGUGAGGCGCUGUAUCAACAGGGACACAGGGCAGCAGUUUGCAGUGAAGAUCGUAGAUGUGGCCAGUUUCACCUCCAGCCCUGGCCUCAGCACAGAGGAUCUGAAGAGAGAGGCCAGUAUCUGUCACAUGCUGAAGCACCCUCACAUCGUAGAGCUACUAGAAACCUACAGCUCCGAUGGCAUGCUCUACAUGGUCUUUGAGUUACAUAGUAUGGAUACAGCUGACCUGUGUUUUGAGACUGUGAAGCGGGCCGAUGCUGGUUUCGUCUACAGUGAAGCUGUAGCCAGUCACUACAUGAGACAGAUCUUGGAGGCGCUGCGGUAUUGCCAUGACAACAACGUGAUUCACCGUGACGUGAAGCCUCACUGUGUCCUGCUGGCCUCUAAGGAGAACUCAGCUCCUGUCAAGCUGGGGGGGUUUGGAGUGGCCAUACAACUAGGAGAAUCAGGCCUGGUGGCAGGAGGUCGAGUAGGCACGCCCCACUUCAUGGCCCCAGAGGUGGUGAAGAGAGAGCCAUAUGGUAAGCCUGUAGACGUGUGGGGCUGUGGAGUCAUCCUGUUCAUCCUGCUGUCUGGCUGCCUGCCCUUUUACGGUACCAAGGAACGCCUGUUUGAGGCUAUCAUUAAGGGGAAAUAUAAGGUAAUGAACCCACGCCAGUGGAGCCACAUCUCAGAGAGCGCCAAGGACCUGGUGCGUCGCAUGCUGAUGCUGGACCCCGCAGAGAGGAUCACUGUCUACGAAGCCCUCAACCACCCCUGGCUUAAGGAGAGGGACAGGUAUGCCUACAAGAUCCACCUGCCAGAGACGGUGGAGCAGCUGAGGAAGUUUAAUGCAAGGAGGAAGCUCAAGGGGGCCGUGUUGGCUGCUGUCUCCAGCCACAAGUUUAACUCCUUCUACGGAGACCCACCAGAGGAGAUGCCUGACUUCUCUGAAGACCCCACCUCCUCAGGACUGCUAGCCGCUGAAAGGGCAGUAUCCCAGGUGCUGGACAGCCUGGAGGAGAUCCAUGCACUGACCGACUGCAGUGAGAAAGAUCUGGACUUCUUACACAGCGUCUUCCAGGACCAACACCUACACACACUGCUGGACCUCUAUGACCAGAUCAACACCAGGUCGUCUCCUCAGAUCAGGAACCCUCCCAGUGAUGGAGUACAGAGAGCCAAAGAGGUACUGGAGACAAUCUCCUGUUACCCCGACAACAUGGAGGCCAAGGAACUCCGGAGGAUCCUCACACAGCCACACUUCAUGGCCUUGCUCCAGACCCAUGAUGUGGUGGCCCAUGAGGUGUACAGUGACGAGGCUCUGAGGGUGACCCCCCCGCCCACCUCACCCUACCUGAACGGAGACUCUCCCGAGAGCACCAACGGGGACAUGGACCUGGAGAACGUGACUCGAGUACGCCUGGUUCAGUUCCAGAAGAAUACUGACGAACCUAUGGGCAUCACUCUGAAGAUGAACGAUCUGAACCACUGCAUCGUGGCCCGUAUCAUGCACGGAGGAAUGAUCCACAGACAAGGUACGCUGCAUGUCGGCGAUGAGAUCAGAGAGAUCAACGGGAUCAGCGUGGCCAAUCAGACCGUAGAACAGCUCCAGAAGAUGCUGAGGGAAAUGCGAGGGAGUGUUACCUUUAAGAUCGUACCCAGCUACCGGUCACAGUCCAUGUCUUGCGAGGUAUGGACCGAUUCUCUUGUGUCUCUAGAAAAUCAGAAAGAGUCCCCCGACCUAUCCAGACAGUCGCCAGCGAACGGCCAUGCUAGCGUCACUAGCUCCAUCCUGGAUCUGCCCUCUACCAUCCAGCCUAAAGGACGACAGAUCUCCAGACCUGUCAUCAAGGACAAAAUGUCCAUCAAGAUCUACGUGCGUGCCCAGUUUGAGUACGACCCCGCCAAGGAUGACCUCAUUCCCUGUAAGGAGGCCGGGAUCCGCUUCCGGGUGGGUGACAUCAUCCAGAUCAUCAGUAAGGACGACCACAACUGGUGGCAGGGCAAGCUGGAGAACACUAAGAACGGAACCGCAGGGCUCAUACCGUCACCAGAACUACAGGAGUGGCGUGUGGCGUGUAUUGCCAUGGAGAAGACCAAGCAGGAGCAGCAGGCCAGCUGUACCUGGUUUGGCAAGAAGAAGAAACAGUACAAAGACAAGUACCUGGCCAAGCACAACGCAGUGUUUGACCAACUAGACCUGGUCACGUAUGAAGAGGUGGUCAAACUGCCUGCAUUCAAGAGGAAAACGCUUGUUUUGUUGGGGGCCCAUGGAGUUGGCAGGAGGCACAUCAAGAACACGCUCAUCACUAAGCACCCAGACCGAUUUGCCUACCCCAUUCCUCACACAACCAGACCUCCAAAGAAGGACGAGGAGAAUGGGAAGAACUACUACUUUGUGACACAUGACCAGAUGAUGCAGGACAUCAGCAACAAUGACUACCUGGAGUACGGUAGUCACGAGGACGCCAUGUACGGCACGCGGCUAGAGACCAUCCGCCAGAUCCACCAGCAGGGUAUGAUCUCCAUACUGGAUGUGGAACCACAGUCAUCUCUUGUUUCUCUUCAGGCACUCAAGGUGUUGAGGACGGCGGAGUUUGCCCCUUACGUUGUGUUCAUCGCAGCUCCCACCAUCACCCCUGGAAUGAACGAGGAUGAUUCCCUCCAGCGGCUGCAGAAGGAGUCCGAGGGCCUCCAGAAGACCUACGCCCAUUACUUCGACCAGACCGUCAUCAACAACGAGAUCGACGACACCAUCCGUCUGCUGGAGGAGGCUGUGAACCUGGUGUGCACCACCGCCCAGUGGGUUCCUGUGUCCUGGGUUUAUUAACCCCUGAACCCAGACCAACCAACACCAAACUCUGACUGUCGUCCCCCAUUCCCCAACAAACUCCGGUUUUCUUUUACAAUGCAUCUCUGUGGAACAUCUCUGUGGAACAUCUCUGUGGAAGCCGUGUGGAUGAAGGAAAAAAUGAAUGAAAAAGGUCUGAUACCGCCUCUGAAACCUCAGUCAGUCCUCCUGAAGAAAAACAGUGACUUCUGUCGUCUUCCUCUCCACUCCUUACUGACUGCCUUAAAGGCACAUCGUUGUGUGUGUAUAUAUAUACAUAUACAUACAUAUAUAUAAUAGAAAAAUAAUGAAUAUGGUCCUGUUCUUAGAGUUGAAUGAAAGGAAGGUGGGGAGGGAGGGGGGGGGGGGGGGGACAUUUUCUACCUUUUUUCUUUUUGUAUCGUUACAGCGCCAGCUGUCUGAGGCGAGAUAGUGAGGAGCACAGACGUGACACACGGUGAUGGGUGUCUGUUGCUGUUUACCUUGCAUAAGGCAAUUCCUAUGGUCAUCAGUCGGAAGCUUGCCGUGUGACCCCUUACUCCUAUUGGCCGCCUCAUACUCUUCGUGCUCCUCCCCUCAGAGACAGCGGAGGUCCCUCUCGCACAGUCGCCGCUGCCGCAGUGACACCACGUCCUAUUGGGCGGAUAGAAAAGCACAGUGAACACCCCUCCCCCUGUCCCUUUGCUUUUAUUUAUUUCAUAGGUCCCUGUAUCUGUCAAUCAAAUCGUUGAAGGAGCACCCCCCUGAACUCUCUUCAUUCCCUACAUACCCUGUUUGUUUACAUCUCAGUUUGCACAAUGGAGAGAACAGGUGUUCUCCCCCCUCUGUUUCUCUCUUUCUCUCUGUAAAGCGAUGACUCUCCUCGGUCAGAGCGUGUGUUUGGUCAUCGCCAAAGCACGGGUGUCCAAGCCAGAGGGCAUCCCUCUGGAUGGGCGGACAGGAGGCGGGAAGAAACAACAAGAUCCAACACGGUCACCCUGCAUGCGGCUGGGGCAGAAGACUCUGACUCCUAUGCACACCCCCCAGUCCUGCAGGCCCAUAAUAGUGAGCCGUGUAUGUAAAUUGUCCCUAUUUGAUAUGUUGUGGGAAUGGGAGGGGAAGGGGAUACGGAGUGGGAUGUCCAAUCCUAUAGGUCCACCAUUUCAGAACUGUGUCGUCUUAAAAGAGUAUUACUGUUUUAAGUUCAAUGGAAGGAGAUGCAUUUUUAUGGUGUGUAAAUGUUUCAAUGGUUCGUAAGUCAUAUGAGUGAUGCCAAGAGCCAGUGUGUGUAUAAUAAUAAGAAUACUAAAAGAGCUCAUUGUGACAAACUCUUCCUAACACUUUACUUGCGGUGACAUGACAUAGCGCCUUAUGAGCACUGUCGUAAAAAGGGCGUAGAGCCUGUCUUGAACUGUCGUAGCAUAAAAAAAGAAAAAUGCUUUGUCAUGCUUCUGACGGUGUGUUAUGUAGGGGUUAUGUCUCUCUGCCUGGAGUAAAGUGUUACCAUUUAAAGUCCUGUGUAAAGUUCCCUCUGCAAAUGACAAGCAGCUCUACGGUAUGAAAUGUUGUUCUUUUUCUUUUCUGUUUUGUAAAAAAUAUAUUUCAUUUUAAGUGUUGACAAAGUAAACUGCCUUUGGGUUCUGUCUCAAAUAA